CCGACCUUGAGAUAUACUAACAAUGAUGCUUGAAGAGACGGACAAUGAUCGAUGAUGAGUGCUUGCGAAACCAGUUCCAAUAAUGCAGCCAGACAAUACCGACCGCCCUAGGUCGGUCAUCAUCCUUUACGGGACCGAAACCGGCACAUCUCAAGAUUUCGCUGAGGAAGUCAGUCGCUGUCUUCAACGGCUUCGGUUCGAUACAGAGGUCGUGGGACUCGAUGACGUUGUAUACGGUGAUCUUCACUCAUACAUGCUGACUGUCUUCGUCGUCGCCACCACUGGGCAAGGUGAUUUUCCCGACAAUGCUCGGAAAUUCUGGACCAGCCUCCUGCGAAAGAAGCUUUCCUCCACCACUCUCGCAGGCAUACAAUAUGCUCUAGUUGGUCUCGGAGACAGUUCAUAUCCGAAGUUCAACUUUGCGGCGAGGAAACUAGAGAAGCGACUCGGACAGCUAGGAGCGAUUCCCUUAAUUGAGUCUUGCGAGGCGGACGAGCAAGGUGAUGAAGGCACCGACGGUGCUGUGCUCGCUUGGCUCGAGCACUUCAGACAAUCUAUUUUGACGACAUUUCCACUGCCAGAAGGCCAAACACCUAUCGCGAACGACGUUCCUCUUCCCAGCAAAUGGCGGCUGGACAGGGACAAUGCCAGUACUGACAAUGGGCUACCGAAUGGGUCGGAUCUGCACAUUCCGGCUCACUCUUCCACAUCGCCUCCACAGUCACUCGAAUCAACGCUGAUAAAGAACGAGCGUGUGACGCCGCCCGAUCACUUUCAAGAUGUCCGGUUCAUGGUUUUGAAAACUCCUCAAACAGUCAACUACGCGCCAGGUGAUGCCAUUGCCAUACUACCUCAAAACAUGCCCAAGGAUGUUACGUUCCUGAUUGAACGAAUGAAUUGGCAAGAUGUUGCCGAUAUCCCAGUCCGUUUCGUCUCGACAAGCACAUCAUCGACAUCUGCUUCCACUCACUUCGCCACGAACCCGAUCUAUCAACAUGGCGGCGUCACUCUUCGAACACUUUUGACCGAGCACCUAGACAUCAACGCCAUACCGCGACGGUCGUUCUUCGCGGCAAUAGCAAACUACACCACCGACAGCAUGCACAAGGAACGACUCAUCGAGUUCACCGAUCCUCAAUACCUGGACGAAUACUACGACUACGCCACCCGUCCGAGACGAAGUAUCCUGGAGAUCCUACAAGAAUUCGACUCCGUCCAACUUCCCUGGGAGGAAGUCACGAAUAUAUUCCCGGCCAUGCGCCCGCGUCAAUUCAGCAUAGCAAGCGGCGGCAAACUAAAGCACCUCGACGACGGUUCGACGGUGUUCGAACUACUCAUCGCAAUCGUCAAGUACAGAACCGUCAUCAAACGUAUCCGUGAAGGCGUGUGCACCCGGUACCUGGCACAGCUGCCCGUCGGCACUAAGCUGCAAGUCUCACUCAAGACAGAAGGUCGCUUCUCAUCUAAGGCCGCCUCUUCUCACAUGGCCGGGAACCGACACCUGCUCAUUGGCGCCGGGACGGGCAUCGCCCCCCUACGAGCGCUUAUCCAUGAAAAAGAGGCCUUGCGAUCUUCUCCAGUUGCGGGCAAGACGGCAUUGAUCUUUGGCUGCCGAAGUGCCAAGGCAGACUACUUUUUCCACGACGAGUGGGCGUCAUUUCAGUCGAAGUCUGAGCACGGUGAAGCGGCCGGGCUAGAAGUCGUCACUGCAUUUUCAAGAGACCAAAGAGAGAAGGUCUAUAUUCAAGACAGGAUACGUGAGCGAAGUGGUCUCAUCUGGGAGUACCUCCGUGAGAAUCAUGCCACGAUCAUCGUCUGCGGCUCGUCUGGCCAGAUGCCUAAAGCAGUCAGGCAGGCACUGGUUGAUGCGCUCAUAGAACAGGCACAGAAAAGACGCUCGGAAGGCUCAUUGACACAUCACACAGAAUCGAUCGCUGCCUCAGAUGACGAGACUGAAAAUCCGAUCGAGAGUCACGAAGAUGCAGAAAAGUAUCUGGCAAGACUAGAGAAGGAGGGCCGAUAUAAACAGGAGACAUGGUGACAAAUAAGACUGCGACAAUCGAUCGUAUGAGGAGUCGAAAUCAAACGCGUGCAUGCAUUACUCGACACGACAGAAUAUCUUGGGGACGUGGUAAUUUUGUAUAUUUCACAUAGACUAGACAUAUAGGAGACACCUAUAUAUAUGCCCCCUUCGUAGGAGACGAGGUAGAUGUUGCAUACCAACACGAUAAGACGUUAACACACA